AUGAAGGCUGGGAGUGCUGCAAAGUUAAUUGUUGAUGCCCUGCUGCAGCGGUUUCUUCCGCUUGCCAGGCGUCGCAUCGAAACUGCUCAAGCGCAAGAUGGACAAUACCUUCGGCCAUCAGACCCAGCUUAUGAGCAAGUACUGGAUUCUUUGGCUAUGGUAGCACGACAUACACCCGUGCCUCUUUUAGAGGCCCUCUUGCGCUGGAGAGAGAGUGAAUCUCCCAAAGGUGCUAAUGAUGCAUCAACAUUUCAGAGAAAGCUAGCCGUGGAGUGCAUCUUUUGCUCCGCAUGCAUACGAUUUGUAGAGUGUUGCCCACAAGAAGGGCUUACAGAGAAACUGUGGAUUGGACUUGAGAAUUUUGUAUUUGACUGGCUAAUAAAUGCAGACAGGGUUGUUAGCCAGGUUGAAUAUCCUUCUCUGGUAGAUCUGAGAGGACUUCUUUUGGAUCUUGUUGCACAGCUACUUGGUGCUUUAUCUCGGAUCAGGUUUAGUUCUGUAACAGAACGCUUCUUCAUGGAACUCAAUACUCGUCGUAUUGAUACCAAUGUUGCUAGGAGUGAAACGCUUUGUAUCAUAAAUGGGAUGCGCUACCUGAAGCUUGGGGUUAAGACAGAAGGUGGUUUGAAUGCAUCAGCUUCCUUUGUGGCAAAGGCCAAUCCACUUAAUCGUUCUCCCCAUAAACGGAAAAGUGAAUUAUACCAUGCCUUGUGCAACAUGCUUUCAAACAUUUUAGCACCUCUAGCAGAUGGUGGAAAGGGUCAGUGGCCUCCGAAAGGUGUAGAACCUGCUCUUACUCUUUGGUAUGAAGCUGUUGCUCGCAUCAGGUCGCAACUCAUGAUAUGGAUGGAUAAACAGAGCAAACAUAUAGCAGUUGGCUACCCUUUGGUGACUCUUCUUCUUUGUCUCGGUGACUCCAAUGUUUUCCUCAACAAUUUUGGUACUCACAUGGAACUGCUGUACAAGCAUCUGAAGGACAAAAACCAUCGUUUCAUGGCCUUAGAUUGUCUGCAUCGGGUUUUGAGGUUUUACUUGAGCGUUCACGGUGAUUCUCAACCUCCAAAUCGUGUGUGGGACUAUCUGGACAGCGUGACUUCACAACUUCUGACAAUGAUUAGAAAAGGAAUGCUUACACAGGAUGUUCAGCAUGACAAGCUUGUUGAGUUCUGUGUCACUAUUGCAGAGCAUAACCUUGAUUUUGCUAUGAACCAUAUGAUAUUAGAAUUACUGAAGCAAGAUAGUUCAAGUGAAGCAAAGGUUAUUGGUCUUCGUGCUUUGCUCGCUAUUGUCAUGUCCCCCACAAGUCAGCAUGUUGGUUUGGAAAUUCUUCAUGUCCGUGGUGUUGGGCAUUACGUUCCAAAAGUUAAGGCAGCUAUUGAAUCUAUUCUCAGGUCCUGCAACAGAACCUAUAGCGGAGCUCUUUUAAUUUCUUCGAGGACCAAUAUUGAUGCUGUGACUAGGGAAAAGUCACAGGGAUAUCUCUUCCGUUCAGUGCUUAAGUGCAUACCUUAUCUGAUAGAAGAAGUUGGCCGGAGUGAUAAGAUUACUGAAAUUAUUCCUCAACAUGGUAUCAGUAUUGAUCCUGGAGUUAGAGAAGAAGCUGUCCAAGUUCUCAAUCGUAUUGUGAGAUAUUUACCACAUCGUCGUUUCGCAGUUAUGAGAGGAAUGGCAAAUUUCAUAUUAAAUCUGCCUGAUGAGUUCCCUCUUCUAAUUCAAACAUCACUUGGACGCCUUCUGGAGCUCAUGCGGUUCUGGAGAGCUUGUCUGGUUGAUGAUAAAAUUGAACAUGAUGCAACGGAUGCCAAACGACUACAAAGAAAUGAAGGACUUAAGAAAUCUUCUUUCCGUCAGCCUCAAGAAGCAAUUGAAUUCCGUGCAUCAGAAAUGGAUGCUGUUGGUCUUAUAUUUCUUAGUUCUGUUGAUAGCCAGAUCAGGCACACAGCAUUGGAGUUAUUGCGUUGCAUCAGAGCUCUGCGGAAUGAUAUACGGGAGCUCUCGCUUUUUGAGAGAUCAGAUCAUAUGCUGAAAAAUGAACCUGAGCCGAUAUUUAUUAUUGAUGUUUUAGAAGAACAUGGGGAUGAUAUAGUUCAGAGCUGUUACUGGGAUUCUGGUCGUCCUUUUGAUUUGAGACGAGAAUCCGAUGCUGUACCUCCUGAUGUUACUUUGCAAUCUAUAUUGUUUGAAAGCCCCGAUAAGAACAGAUGGGCGAGAUGCCUGAGUGAGCUUGUAAAAUAUGCUGCUGAGCUUUGUCCGAGUUCUGUUCAGCAUGCAAAGUCAGAAGUUAUUCAGCGUCUUGCUCACAUCACACCUGCUGAGUUAGGCGGAAAGGCCCAUCCAUCUCAGGAUACAGAGAACAAGCUGGACCAGUGGCUAAUGUAUGCAAUGUUUGCGUGCUCGUGUCCUCCAGAUGGAAGGGAAGGUGGCAUUUCAUCUACAACAAAAGAUUUAUUCCAUCUCAUUUUUCUUUCACUGAAGUCUGGUUCCGAAGCCCAUAUACAUGCAGCCACAAUGGCUCUUGGUCAUUCGCAUCUGGAAAUUUGUGAAGUCAUGUUUAGCGAACUUGCGUCCUUCAUCGAUGAGGUUUCACUUGAAACCGAGGGGAAACCAAAGUGGAAGAGUCAGAAGUCUCGCCGUGAAGAACUUCGUAUCCACAUUACGAAUAUAUACCGUACUGUUGCUGAGAACAUCUGGCCUGGUAUGCUGAGCCGAAAACCAGUCUUCCGUCUUCAUUAUCUGAAGUUCAUCGAAGAAACUACUAGGCAGAUAUUAACAGGUUCUCCUGAAAGUUUUCAAGAAAUGCAGCCCCUUCGUUUUGCUCUUGCUUCUGUCCUAAGAUAUUUGGCUCCUGAAUUUGUUGAUUCAAAAUCAGAAAAGUUUGAUAUUAGAACUAGAAAGCGUCUGUUUGAUCUGCUCGUCUCCUGGAGUGAUGAGACUGGUAGCACAUGGAGUCAGGAUGGAGCUAGUGAUUACCGACGUGAAGUUGAAAGGUAUAAAUCUUCUCAGCAUAGUCGGUCAAAGGAUUCAAUUGAUAAACUUUCAUUUGAUAAGGAACUGGGAGAGCAGGUUGAGGCCAUCCAGUGGGCCUCCAUGAAUGCAAUGGCAUCUCUCUUGUAUGGGCCUUGUUUUGAUGAUAAUGCCAGAAAGAUGAGUGGAAGAGUAAUAUCUUGGAUUAACAGCCUGUUCAUUGAACCUGCACCAAGGGUCCCAUUUGGUUAUUCACCAGCUGACCCAAGGACACCUUCUUACUCAAAAUACACUGGAGAAGUUGCUCGUGGUGCAACUGCUCGUGAUAAGCAUAGAGGUGGCCACCACCGAGUCUCCCUUGCAAAGUUGGCUUUGAAAAAUCUUCUUCUGACAAAUUUGGACCUCUUCCCUGCCUGUAUUGAUCAGUGCUAUUAUUCUGAUGCUGCUAUAGCUGAUGGCUACUUUAGUGUGCUUGCUGAGGUCUACAUGCGUCAAGAGAUACCUAAAUGUGAAAUACAGAGACUGUUAAGCCUUAUCCUCUAUAAGGUGGUUGAUCCAUCCCGACAAAUCCGUGAUGAUGCCCUUCAAAUGCUUGAAACCCUUUCUGUGCGUGAGUGGGCUGAAGAUGGCACUGAAGGCUCUGGAAGCUAUAGAGCUGCUGUAGUUGGAAAUCUCCCCGACUCAUAUCAACAAUUCCAAUACAAACUCUCUUGCAAACUUGCCAAAGAUCAUCCUGAAUUAAGUCAACUGCUUUGCGAAGAAAUAAUGCAAAGACAACUUGAUGCUGUAGAUAUAAUUGCCCAGCACCAAGUGCUUACCUGCAUGGCUCCCUGGAUUGAGAAUCUCAAUUUUUGGAAAUUGAAAGAUUCAGGGUGGAGCGAAAGACUACUGAAGAGCCUGUAUUAUGUCACAUGGCGGCAUGGUGAUCAGUUUCCCGAUGAAAUUGAAAAGCUUUGGAGCACUAUAGCUAGCAAGCCUCGGAAUAUUAGUCCAGUUUUGGAUUUUUUGAUUACUAAGGGGAUUGAAGAUUGUGAUUCAAAUGCCUCAGCGGAAAUUAGUGGGGCAUUUGCUACAUAUUUUUCUGUUGCUAAACGGGUUAGUUUAUAUUUAGCUCGAAUUUGCCCACAGCGAACCAUUGAUCAUUUGGUUUACCAACUGUCUCAACGAAUGCUUGAGGAUAGUGUGGAACCAAUACGACCCAGUGCCGGUAAGGCUGAUGUCAAUGGGAACUUUGUUUUGGAAUUCUCUCAGGGACCUGCGGUGGCUCAGGUUGCAUCUGUUAUAGACAGUCAGCCUCAUAUGUCACCUUUGUUGGUUCGUGGAUCCCUUGAUGGUCCCUUAAGGAAUGCGAGUGGAAGCUUGAGCUGGAGAACAGCUGCUGUUGGAGGUCGGAGUGCUUCAGGACCACUGAGUUCUAUGGCACCUGAGUUAAAUGUCGUUCCUGUUUCUGCUGGCCGAUCUGGCCAACUUCUUCCAUCACUUGUUAACAUGUCGGGGCCCUUGAUGGGGGUUCGGAGUUCGACUGGAAGCUUGCGGAGCCGCCAUGUCUCUCGAGAUAGUGGCGACUAUCUUAUUGACACGCCCAACUCUGGGGAAGAUGGAUUGCAUUCGGGGGCUGUAGCUCAUGGCGUGAAUGCAAAGGAACUUCAAUCUGCAUUACAAGGACAUCAACAGCAUUCAUUGAGUCAUGCUGAUAUAGCAUUAAUUUUGCUCGCUGAAAUUGCUUAUGAGAAUGAUGAGGAUUUUAGGGAACACUUACCCUUGCUCUUUCAUGUAACAUUUGUAUCUAUGGACAGUUCGGAGGAUAUUGUCCUGGAGCAUUGCCAGCACCUACUCGUUAAUUUGCUGUACUCUCUGGCUGGCAGACACUUGGAGUUGUAUGAUGUGGAAAACAGUGAUGGAGAAAACAAGCAACAGGUUGUGAGCUUAAUCAAAUAUGUCCAAUCGAAGAGAAGUAGCAUGAUGUGGGAGAAUGAGGAUCCGACAGUUGUGAGAACGGAGCUUCCUAGUGCAGCACUCUUGUCAGCCCUUGUGCAGAGCAUGGUGGACGCAAUCUUUUUUCAAGGAGAUCUUCGUGAAACUUGGGGAGCUGAGGCUCUUAAAUGGGCUAUGGAAUGCACAUCAAGGCACCUUGCUUGUCGAUCACACCAAAUUUAUCGAGCGCUUAGGCCCCGGGUCACAAAUGAUGCUUGUGUAUCUUUGCUUCGCUGCCUCCAUAGGUGCCUGGUGAAUCCAGUACCAGCAGUAUUAGGCUUUAUUAUGGAAAUCCUGUUGACAUUGCAGGUAAUGGUGGAGAAUAUGGAGCCAGAAAAGGUGAUACUCUACCCUCAGCUUUUCUGGGGCUGUGUAGCCAUGAUGCACACAGAUUUUGUCCAUGUUUACUGCCAGGUGCUUGAGCUCUUCUCUAGGGUCAUUGAUCGUUUAUCAUUUCGUGAUAGAACAACAGAAAAUGUGCUUCUGUCUAGUAUGCCUCGUGAUGAGUUGGAUACAAGUGGUUCUGACGUUAGUGACUUUCAGCGCAUGGAAUCAAAAAAUUCUUCUGAACCAUCAUCAAAUGGCAAGGUACCAGCAUUUGAAGGAGUGCAACCACUUGUGCUGAAGGGGCUUAUGUCAUCAGUCAGUCAUGGUGUUUCUAUAGAGGUUUUGUCACGGAUAACCGUGCCAUCAUGUGAUUCAAUAUUUGGGGAUGCUGAAACUAGACUUUUGAUGCACAUUACUGGCUUACUUCCUUGGCUUUGCUUACAGCUCAGCCAAGAUGCGGUUGUAGGCCCUGCUUCUCCACUCCAACAACAGUUCCAUAAAGCUUGUUCUGUUGCAACAAAUAUUGCGGUUUGGUGCAGAGCAAAAUCAUUGGAUGAGUUAGCAACUGUUUUCAUGAUUUACUCACGCGGGGAAAUCAAAAGUGUAGAAAAUCUUCUUGCUUGUGUUUCCCCUCUGCUAUGCAAUGAGUGGUUCCCCAAGCACUCAGCUUUGGCUUUUGGGCACCUUUUAAGGCUCCUGGAGAAAGGACCAAUUGAAUAUCAACGUGUUAUUCUUCUAAUGUUAAAGGCAUUGCUUCAGCAUACACCCAUGGAUGCUGCUCAGAGCCCCCAUAUGUAUGCAAUUGUUUCGCAGCUGGUUGAAAGUACCUUGUGCUGGGAAGCACUUAGUGUUUUGGAAGCUCUCUUACAGAGUUGUAGCUCUUUGCCAUCUUCCCAUCCACAUGAUUCAAUGACACUUGAGAACGGACUUGGCAUGGGAGAUGAGAAGAUUCUAGCUCCACAAACCUCAUUUAAAGCUCGAAGUGGGCCUUUACAGUUGGCAAUGGGAUUGGGAUUUGGAUCCACACCCAACACCCAAGCUAAUGCAAAUGAAUCUGGCUUGUCAGCUCGGGAGCUGGCAUUGCAAAAUACUCGAUUAAUGCUUGGACGGGUGCUUGAUGGUUGUGCUCUUGGGAGGAGAAGAGACUACAGAAGGCUGGUUCCUUUUGUGACCAGCAUUGGUAACAUUUAA